ACGGGACCCCCGCUCGCCCGCCGAGGCCGAGCGCAGUGUGUGGAAGGGGGGAAGCCCUCGCCCCGGGGUCUGCCUCCCACUGCCCCAGGGCCUCGGCGAAGGGGUUUAAUUUUCUGGCGUUACCCCGAGGGCUGCUUGGACAGCACGAAGCAGAGGAGGCUUCUCCACGAUUCGGGUUCUUACAGGUGUUCCUUGUCUCUUCCAACAGAAUCACUGCCAUGGCAACUCAAGUUCUGGGACAGUCUGGUGGCAGCAGCCUCUUUCCUGGCGGUGCUAAUAUUGGUAUGGCAUUGUCCAAUGACAUGUAUGACUUACACGACCUUUCUAAAGCUGAGCUGGCAGCUCCUCAGCUUAUUAUGUUGGCAAAUGUGGCCUUGACGGGAGAAGUCAAUGGCAACUGCUGCGACUACCUGGUUGGAGAAGAGAGGCAAAUGGCGGAACUGACAACGGUGGGGGACAGCAACUUCUCAGACAGCGAUGGAGAGGGCAUGGAAGAUACCCAGGCUGCGGAGAGCGACCGCGAGGCACCUGAAAAUGUGGAAUUAAGCUCUCUUGAAGUUCCUAGUGUGGAAACCCAAGGUGCAGCUUCUUGCCCCCCUCCUAAGACUCCCAGUGUGGACAAAGAUGUCUCAUUGGAAGCACCGGGUACUCCAGAAAGCACAGAGGACAAGUGUAAGAACUUGAAGAGCAAGCCGUUUCGUUGUAAGCCUUGCCAGUAUGAGGCAGAGUCCGAAGAGGAGUUUGUGCAUCAUAUCAGGGUUCACAGUGCUAAGAAAUUCUUUGUGGAAGAAAAUGCAGAAAAGCAAGCCCAGGUGAAGGAGUCUGAUUCGUGCACUGCAGAAGAGGUGGAUUUCUCUAAGGGCCCAAUCCGUUGUGAUCGUUGUGGCUAUAACACUAACAGAUAUGAUCACUAUCUGGCUCACUUGAAGCACCACAACAAAGCAGGGGAAAAUGAGAGAGUCUACAAGUGUACCAUAUGCACUUAUACUACUGUCAGUGAAUAUCACUGGAAGAAACACCUAAGAAAUCAUUUUCCCAGGAAAGUGUAUACCUGCUCACAAUGCUCCUAUUUUUCAGACAGGAAGAACAAUUAUAUUCAACAUAUUCGAACUCACACAGGAGAGCGACCCUAUCAAUGUGCGAUGUGUCCUUAUUCCAGCUCUCAGAAGACCCAUUUAACCAGGCACAUGCGCACCCACUCAGGUGAGAAGCCAUUCAAAUGUGAUCAGUGCAGCUAUGUGGCCUCAAACCAGCAUGAAGUAACUCGUCACGCAAGGCAGGUUCACAAUGGGCCGAAGCCUCUGACUUGCCCACACUGUGACUACAAAACAGCUGACCGCAGCAAUUUCAAAAAGCACGUUGAGCUCCACGUCAAUCCGCGCCAGUUUCUCUGUCCUGUUUGUGAUUAUGCAGCAUCUAAAAAAUGUAACCUGCAGUAUCACAUCAAAUCCAGGCAUCCCGAUUGUUCUGACAUCACCAUGGAUGUUUCAAAGGUGAAGCUACGGACUAAAAAGAGCGAAGCUGACUUUUCUGAGAGCAUUAAUGACAAAGCAGAGAAGGAACAAAUGAAAGGGGAUUCAGCUGCAAAGAAAACUGAGAAAAUUGUGAAAGUGGAGAAAAAAGAUAAUUUGGCAAAGGAAAAGAAACCAACGAGCAAUGUUUCUGCAGGUCAGGUGACAACCAGAAGUCGGAAAUCGGCUUCAGAAAACAAGGAGGUGGAUAUUAAAACGGAGAAAAAUACUGAGAAAACAUGUAAAACAAAGAAGAUCAAAAGAAAGGCAGAGACUGAAGUAGCUUCCUCAAAGCAAGAGCCUGUAAAUGAUACCUCAGCAGUAAUAAAAAAGAAAAAGAAAGUGGAAGCUAAACCCAGAGACUGCCAGGAAGCUCAGAAAAGUGACGUUGUACCGGAGGAGGACCCUAAAAAGCAAAAUUCUUGCCUCAAGAAAAACAGAAAAAAGAAAGCUCUGAAAAAUAAGCACAGUAAGAAAAGCGGUAAACUCGAUCAGGAGAAGAUCGAGGAAGAGGAGAUGCCAGAUGAGUGUCAUGUCAUGGAAGAUGAUGGAUGCAUGAAGCCUGACACUGAGGGCAGCGACCAGAAGGAGCAAGAUCGCACUGACACAGCAGCAUUAAACAAUGAUAUUGGUCAUGCUCUGAAGGGGGAGAGCACUGAUCCCAACGGAAGCUGCAUGCAAGACCCAGGGCAGCUUUGUCUGCCAGCUCAGGAUGCAAACACAGAAGCUGAGGUAGAGGACCAAGAAAUGCUUGCUGCAGCAGGAGAGAGCAAAGACACUGUUGGUGAAAAAGAGGAGGAGAGAAAGGCAGACAGAGGGGAAGACGCUUGUUCUGAGGAAUCUUCCCAUGCAGCGUCUUCUGAAAAAAGCUUGGAUGUGCCCAUGGAUGUGGUACCAGAUCUGGCGCCUGAGAAGGAGCCAGAGGAAACUUUUGCGGCAGAAACUGUGAGUAACUCAGACCUGAUGGACCUGACCAAGACACGCCUGCCAGCACCAGAGCCAACAGAAGAUGCCGUGCCGGCACCUGCGCCCCCAGAAGGGUGUACGGAGAGCCCUAAAGUAGCUCUGGCCUUAUCAUCUCCGGAUAAUACAGCAGUGAAUGAAUCUCAGGAAAUGGAUGAGGAUGAGGGCAUCCACAGCCACGAAGGCAGCGACAUAAGUGACAACAUAUCGGAAGGAAGUGAUGACUCGGGGUUAAAUGGCGCUCGCUCCGUACAAGAGGAAACAAGUCCAAAGGCAUCACAAGGAGCUGCAGACACCACAGUGGCCAGGGAGAACUAUGUGUGCAUUUUUUGUGACCGCUCAUUUAAAAAGGAAGGUGAAUAUAGCAAGCACCUCAAUCGCCACUUAGUCAAUGUGUAUUAUCUUGAGAAGGCAACAAAAGGGCAGGAGUAGAAAUAGCUGUGGUUUGGGGGAAUCAUCUUUUGUAAGAUCUUAUACAGCUUAUGUACAGAUAUUGUAGAUUUAUUUUUUUUUAAGCACGGUUUGCUUUAGUGUCUGCAUUGGUUUGUUUUUUGGUUUAGUUUUUUUUUUUUUUAAGUUGAAAAUAUUUUUGACAACUUUUUGUGUAAUGGUGAACUCAUUAACUAUUGGAUCUCUUCAUUAGAGAAGGCAGGUAGGGUGUAUGAGGCUGUAAAGUCAGUGUAAGCUUCUAGUCUGUUAGCUUAUGCGAUUCCUUUAUAAAUUGAGUUUUAGGAAGAAGACUGUAGUUAACAAUACACAAGUUGGAUGUUUAUAGAGCCAUUGGCAUUAGUUGCUUUUUGUUCUAGCAGCCAACUCCUUCUCUCCCUCCCCUCUUCCCUUCCCCCUUUUUUUUUUAGUUCUUCUUGAUGUGUCUUGAUGUUCCAAGUGUUAAACUACUUGAUGGUUUUUCUACCAGGAAGAUAGCUUCUAUUACAUAAAGAGCACUUUGUAAAAGAAAUCAAAGUUGGCUAGUGAUGAACAUAACUGUUUAAGAUAAUUAUAAUUGUGAACGUACAUUUCAGAUCCCCUAAGUGUGAAUGGUGAGCCAAAAUUUGGGAGUAGUCCUUCCAACUUUUGAUUGGAGAACCUCUGUCUUGGUUAAUAUCUUAAUGACUAUGAUAUGUAAUUGGUUUUGUUGAGGGGGAGCAAGUCUGUUACUUUUAAUUUCUGCCUUUUUUUUUUUUUUUUGAUUGUGCUUUAAGGGCUUAAAAUAUUGCACAUUGUUUUUGAUUUUUACCUAUGCAGUUUAAUCCUUUAGGAAUAGCGCUUGUGCAGUACAUGUACACUUUAUAUAUGCAUGUUUGGUUUUGUUUGUGUAAGAUUUUUUUUUAUUUGGAAAGGUUCAGAUUCGUUGCUUACCAUGGGACAGUUUUCUCUGAUGCUUUUUACUGCAGAUUUUUCUUGUUUUCCUGGGAUAUUAUUAGUUGUGCAUGAAGCUGAAAUUAUGAACUGCUUGGCUAGAUAUUUUUGACUGGCUUUAAAAUUGUAUAGUUCUUGAGCAAAAGGAUACCAAUGCAAUUUCAAAACACUAUUUUAUAGGAUUUGUUUUAUCAUGGAAAUGCCACUUCUGGUAUUUUGAAUACACAUACAGAGUAAUAAAUACUAAUUUAUAAUUUGGGAUCACCAGACAGGAAAAUGCUCACUCUCAGUGGAAAUGGUCUGCAGAUUCUCCAAGUCCAGCUGUGAUGAUGAUUUUUUUUUUUUCCUCCCUCUUCAUUUGUGUGGUGGACAGCAGUCAAACUUCACAAGCUUAAAAAAAAUAAAAUAGUAGCAGUGAUAUAAGUAUGGUUCAACAUCUCGCACACCAAGAAAACAAAUAAAGGUAAAUCAACUGGUAAGCAACAAACCUGGCAUUAAAAACUGUAGGAAUUCCUGCUCCUUAUUCAUUCAAGUUGCAUUUAAUAAAAUCAUCCUGCUUCCAUGCAGAGAGAAGCUCGUAAGUGAUCAGAUUGUCAUCUUGGGUCUACAUGUCAUACCAGGAGUUUUUAAUGCUAAACAGAAUUAAUUUCUGGCACACACAAACACAGGAGAGCUACUUACUGCUUGUAGCCAACCAGUGGCAAAAUGUAAACAACCUCCAAACCAGCAGGGAAAAAGCAAAACCCUCCAGUCCCUUCUGUGCACUCUUCUGACUGUCAUUAGCCGCCUUUCCCGUGGGAGCAGUUGCGGGCAGCUUAGAUUCUCUGGUUGUCAACUCCAAAGAAGCAAAUUUGGAGGCAGGUGUUAUUUCGAGAGUGGAGUUGAGGAGCUCAGAUGGUAUUUGUCAGAGUACUUGAUGGCAAAUACUCUCACUGUAAGGUCUGGAAUAAACCCUAUUCUUCUCUGCAUGUCCCCCCCCCAGCAUCUUCCCCUCCACACAAACCCACUGCCUUGAAUGAAUAGAGAGCAACAAUGCUACAUUGCUUCUGCUUUUGGGAGAGAUUGGUAAUAGGAGGCCAAAGAUUUGAGAGGGAAGGCAUCCCUCGUGGCAGAAAUAAAUUGUAUAAUGUAUAGUGAGUUUUUGUUUGCUUAGAUAGUGUUCAAUCCUUACCUUGGCUGCGACAAUCAUUGUCAACUGAAGAUCAAGUUGCAACUAUAUUUAUGUUAAAUGUUAAGAAAAUAAACCUAGUUGAAUUGUUUUCCUAAACAACCAGUUGUAAUAGUCUUAGAUGUAUUUUUUUUCUUCAUAAUAGUGUUUCCUUUAUAUAAAUGUUGCCACCAUUUGUGAGCGAUGUGAGCUGGGAAUUCCAGUACUGUGUAGAGGUUUUAUAGCUCUCUUCAUAUCCUUGCGAAGAGCCUUUGCCAUCUUGUGAGAGACUUCAAGGACUUUAGCUAUGUUCAAAUAAACUUGUGGACUGGCCUGAUAAUUUUUUCCUCGUUGUUUUUAAAUGAAAAUAAUGGUGUUGACUGACUUUAAAUGUCUCUCUAUGAGAUUAAAAACAAAGAUGUGGUUCUCUGGGAUAUUCUGCUGCACAUUUCUGUGAAGUGGUCAAGGUUUCAAUGCUUGAUCUGACAAGAACUCUUUGAAGACGACAGUCGGCUCCUGUUCGGCAGUGUUUCUUACCACAAGAUUAGAAACUGAAAAUAAAUUAUUAACAUAUUAAGAAGAAGAAAAGUUGAUUCUUUCUAUCUGAGACCCAUCAACAAUGUCCUGAAAUACCUAAUGUUGGCACAGAACUGUGUUGGAAUUCUCUGCUUGGUUAAGACCAAGGUUUGGGAGUAUGUUAUGGUAAAGCAGCAAGGAUGUAAUGCAUUAUGUGUACCUGAAAUGUACAUUGCUAAUACUGAGUAUUUGAGCUGGGGUGCAGGUCAGGUAACCCACCAUAUACGGUGGUCUUACAUUGCUGUAUCUCCCUUUAAACAAUGCCUUUUUUCCUUUUUCCUUUUUCAAUAUUCUUAAAUUAUUUUGUGUUGGUUUUGCCAAUGCUAGUAUUUUUGUAGUUUCUUGGCAAUAAUACUUGUACGAAUGUUCAACCUCCAAUAUGUGGUUGGAAGGAUUAGCACACCGCUACCCCUACACUGCCAGCCCUUGGUUGAGCAACGUGGUGUUUUGGGCUUUUGCUGUAUGAAUCUAUACGCUCAAAGUAACUGCCCUGAGACAUGGCCUAGAAGUGGGUAGCUAGGCAUUAAUAAUCCAUGGUAUUGUAAUUGCUAUUUCUGGAUUUUGAUGGUCUAGGCUGGAACUUUAGUUGUUUAAAGAAGAAUGUUUAACAACUGACAGGCCAGUUAAGAUAUGGUAACAUCAUUGAUUUCAACAAAUUUAAUUGAUUUCAACAGAUUUAAUGUAGCUGAAAGGUAUUAAAUCAAAUUCAAGAGUUUUCUUGAAUGUCAGUUGUGUAGAUAUGUGGCGUGCAUACAAUAUUAACAGAAUCCAAAUAGCUAAUGGAAUUGUUUCAUGUGUAUAUAUAUUUUCCCCCUCUAAAAUUACACUAGCUAACAAACUUUUGUAAGCUGGCAUGGAAACAUGUUUAUGAUGUUUAGUUGCACCAUGUUUGAUGCUUUUACAGUGCAAUACUUGUAUUCUCUGAAUUAAACCAAAGGUAAUUUUUUUUCAUGCUCUCUCUACUGUAGUGCAUGACAGUCUUUUCUACGUUUGUAAUAGAUGUAAAACAAACCAGAUCAUACAUCCUGUUUUUACCUAAAACAUGUAUAAGAAGUCUUUGGUCCAAAAUGUAGUAUAAAGUUAAACUAAAUUGCAUUAUAUUAACCCUUACAAGUGUAUUUUCCUAAGCAUAGUUAUGAUUAAAUAAACUUUAUUAAGGAA